ACAACCACAGUUGAACCAACAACUACAGCUGAACCCACAACUACUGAGGAACCCACAACCACAGUUGAACCAACAACUACAGCUGAACCCACAACUACUGAGGAACCCACAACCACAGUUGAACCCACCACAGCUGAACCCACAACUAUUGAGGAACCAACAACCACAGUUGAACCAACAACCACAGUUGAACCCACAACCACUGAGGAAUUGCCCACAACCACAACACCGCCAACCACAAGGCCACCGAAACCAGGAAAAGGUGGCAAGUUUUACAAGUUGUUGAUCAGUGUCGUUCAGAAAGUGAAUGGAGGAGGAAGUGGAGGAUGUUGCUGCUAAGUGCCAUUAAGUGCGCGUCCCCUGCCCCGGCCUCACAGAAGACCCAAGUCUCAGCUGUCCAAUAGACGUUUUUGUAAAGAAAGUUCGAUGAUGACUUAAGUGUUUCAUUGAGCUCAAAAUUCCCAUACGCGGAUUCAGUGAAAAAUAAAACAAAAUUUUCAUUACGUUUCGAGUUGAGCAAAGUUGUUUUCAGGAAAUGAAUACCAAUAAAAAAUAUGACGGUCUUGUUUUACUCGAAACGUUGUAAGCUAUCGUGUUUUAUAAAUACUUCUUUUGGAAGCCCCAAUAUCUUACAGUAUCCAAUAAUAUCAGUAAUAGAAACACAUCAUUCUGACUCAUGUAACGUUUAACCUCCUCGCCUUCAAGACUAUACAGUUGCGAGUGAGAAAUCAUUAUUUUUCUCAAUGAAAACUAAAGUAUAUUGAUCGUCAUGGUGACCUCUUGUUCUACUAUAUGAUAAUAAUAUCGUGUUUGUAAUAAAAAAGAACCCCAUUAUAUUCAUUUCAUC